CGCGGGGAUAGGUCGCACUGGGACAUACCUAGCUAUAGACGCCCUUUAUAAGACAGGUAAAACAGAGAGGAAAAUCAACAUAGCAGAAUACGUCAAGAGAAUGCGAGAAAACAGGAUGAAUAUGGUCCAAACUUACGAACAAUAUAUAACCAUAUUUCUGGCUCUCAAUUACAUGUUUAAGGCGUGUCCCUCUGUCCUGAAGAAAUCAGACUUUAUCAGGAAAGCGGAAUCAAUGAAGAGUGAUAAACCAGCCAAUCAGACUGAUCUCAGGAGGGAGUUUCAGUCUCUGCUGAAAGUCAGGCCCACCUAUACAGAAGAAGAUUAUAAACUUGCCAUUCAGGCAGGACAAGGAAAAGGAUCGUCUAUUCUUCCACUUGAUAAGUACAGUUUGUUCCUGUCUUCAAAUGUACCGAAGCGUGGAGGUUUUAUAAACGCAGUUACACUUUCCUCAUAUGUGAACAAUAAAGCCUUCAUUGUGACGCACUAUCCUCCGCCAGGGGACGCUGUAGAUUUCCUGCGCCUGCUCACUGACCACGAAUCAGAUGUAGUUGUUUGUAUGGAUCCUUUACUUCAAGUAGAAUCGAGCAAUAAGUGGAUGCCAGGUACGGACGAAUCUAAAAUUGUGGCCCCAUUUACCGUUCACUGUCAAAGGAAGAGUGCAGAUAUCGAUGGUGUAAACUGUUCUACUAUUCAAAUCUUUCAAGAAGAACAAAGUGAUGAAGCAUACACGGUUUCUGUUUCCGAACCUAUGUUCAGUUUGCUGUCAACGAAUCAUGGGGCAUCACUUCUAGUAAAGCUUGUGACCAUCGUAAUGGACAAUGAAACCCAGGGACCUAUAACUGUCGUCAGCAGUGAUGGUGCAGUCCUGUGUGGUGUAUUCUGUGCUGUUUACAAUGUAAUACAACAGUUGUCUGUAGACGGGGAGAUGGACAUAUUCUCUGCUGUACGACAGCUACAGAUCAGACGUCCUGAGUUAUGUUCCUCUUUUGAGGAAUACAGAAUGAUACAUACAGCUGUGUUGGAGUACAUCCGGUUACAACAGGACCAAACACAAGAAAAUAUCUACUCUAAUGAAUGAAAAUGACCUUAAAGAGACAUUCGAUAGCAAAAUGUUGAUUAAUAAGAACAAACUGUGCCCUUUUGCAUGGGUGUAAAAAUACUGGAUACUUUUCUUCUUAUUAAUAACUUUAUUUACGUUGAUCAAGAUUUAAGAGGUUGUUUAGAGAAUUAAACAAGAAAUAUAUUUUAUACAUUUUAAGAGAGAAUCAUACUGUAUUUAAUUAAGUAAAUUAUUCUCACCUGUAAUAAAGCAUAAUAAAUCUAAAGAAUUU